AUGGCAGGAUCUACAACGCCAAGUGCAGCCAAUGCCAGCGAACAGUUCUUUCAUUAUUUUCAACAUGAGGUUGCUGAUCUGCGACAAGAGAUAGAUAAGCUCGAAACUCGCGGUACUUCUGGUGGCGAGCGCCAAGAUGCAGUUGACCACUGCUUGUCAAGCAUUGCAAGACUUUCGAAUGAAGUCAAUGACAUUUCUUCUUCAACACCGGCCCGCGAUCAGAAGACCUACGCUGAGGCUAUCAAAGCGUUGAACUCCAGGCUUCAAGACGCGCGGAGUGCGUUCGCGCCUAGACCGAAGUUUGCUUUCAAGUCUGGGCUCAAAUUCAGCGAGAAGAAGAAUGCCCUCGAGCCGGCGCUGACAGGCACGACGACGAGAGUCAAACAGCAGCAGCAAAGCCUGCCAAAGGACACCGGAACAGUUGGCAACAUAUCAGGUUCUUCAAAUCAUAACAGGCUAGAAUUAGCUGGGUACGACAACGCACACUUGACGGUGCCAUCAGAUGAAGUGCACUCGUCGGGUACUGUCGCAAAGAUCAGAUCCAGCAUCAUUGACCUGUCCAAACGAGACCACAAGAUUACACAGCCGCUCGCUGCAUUGACACUCAAAGACAUUCGCAAGUCACUUGUCAUCUGCGGUAAUGUGGCUGGUGCCAUCCACCUUACGGACAUACACGAUAGCGUGAUAGUGCUACAAAGUCGACAAUUCCGCAUGCACGACUCUACCAAUUGUCAUAUCUAUCUUCAGACAAGUUCGAGGCCGAUCAUAGAGGACUGUAAUGGAUUAAAGUUUGCUCCGGCGCCUGAAUGGUACCUCGACGACGCGAAAACAAACAAUACUGGAGAAGCCACCAUUGACGGUGGUAUGUGGGCCAAUGUUGACGAUUUCAAAUGGCUGAAGCCAGAGCCGAGUCCGAAUUGGUCAAGGUUGCCAUCAGAGAAAAGAGUGUCUCCAAACUCUUGGGAAACGUUGUUUGCAUCGGAUGAUGAGCCUAGUAAGGUGCUCCAGCGUGUCGGCGUCUCGGUCUGA